AGCACGUGCCGGAACUUAUUCUCUCUGAUGUGGUUAUUUUCUUUCAGAGAAGAUUCGCUGGUAAAAUCUUAAAUUAUGAGCGAAAAUUGUAGUAUUUUGCUUUUGCCUUCAGAAAUUUUGGUCCUCCUCGUGGAUUUUCUACCAGGGAAAGAUAUUAUAAGUUUUUCUUUGACUUGUAGGCGAUUUUCCGAUGUCUGUCGUAAUUUCCUCAGGUUACUCCGAUUGGAAAAUUGCUGGAAGACUGGAAUUGUAAUAGAAGAUUUCAAAACACAUUUGUCCUUUUGCAUCGAUCCAAUCUUAUUAACAGAAUGUAGAUUGGACAAUUGCUUUUGGCUUCCUGCCAUAUUACUGCAAAACUUUAUCAAAAAGUGUGCAAAUAUUGAAGUACUGAAAAUAUCUGAAACAAAACUGAGCUGUGCAAAUUUAGCGCACAUUUUUGGGAAAUGUAAGAAAAUUUCUGAUCUUUCACUGACUUUAUCUACUGGUGACCUGAAGUUAACUGGCCCUAAACUUGCUUCUAAUGCAAUUCUACGAUCUUGUCUGAAAGAUUGUUGUGAUAAUUUGAAGAAUCUUUUAAAAUUGGAAUUAGUUAUGUUUUGUUCAUCUCUGAAAGAAAUGACAAUUUUUUUAAGUAUCUGUGAUAACUUAAAGGAGCUUGUUUUGAUACCUGUAAAAGAUCAAAACUCAAAUGUUCAUUGUCAGGCAAAUGAGCUAUAUAGUAAAAUAGAAGGGAAUUUCAUCCUGGAUUCUUUGAUAGUAGUCAACCCGGAAGAAGACCGCGGUUUAUAUCGUUUCUCGAGACAACCUCCACACCACAGAUAUCAAGAUUAUAUCGUUUUCAAGAUAGAUAUGUCGAAUUUAAAAAAUCACUGGAACGACGCUUCUCCGUGUCCUGUUGUUAACGACAAAUUUUCCGCCUUGACGUUCAAACAUUUAAAAAUUCCGAAGGGAAUGUUUGAAGUUUGGUGGACUGAAAGAAAUUUACCUAAUCGCGCAAUGGUUUGGGUAGAUGAUGAGUUAGUGGCUGAUGGCUGGUAUGUGAAUGAUCCCCUAGAAAACAUUGAUUUAAAUCACAUUAGAAGCGUGCGAGAACCUCGUCCCAUAUUUAUCCAAAAAGGUUUGAAGGCCCCUCAAGCUAAAAUGAUCUCCUGCUUUUAUUCUAACGAAGGAUUCUCGGAUUUUUGUCAAAAUCAUCCUCAUCUGAAGGUAUUAAAAUUGCAAGCACCACCUGUACACGAUGAAUGGGGUUACGCUCUCUGCGGAGUCAAGAAUCAAGUCGUAAGUGAAAAAUGGAACUCCAACUCCUGGGAAAAUUUAUCUGAACUCGAAGUGCUAUCCAUCGAGCCAUCUCUAUUGAUUAUUGAACAAAAGCCAGCACAAAGACCAGUGAAAAAGCGCAGGUUUGGUGAACCUAAUACAUCUAAAGCUGCCGAGUUGAAUCCGCACAAAGAAUUGCAUUUACUUGAAACAGUUAUCAAGAGCUGUUCUAGAAUCAAAGAGUUGGAAAUUGGUACAUUCAACGAUGUAACAGAUGAAAGAAUUGGCCGUAUUGAUGGGGAAGAUUUGUCCAACAUAUCGCAAUGCAAAUUGCUUAAGAAAUUGACCCUUGCCAACUUUAACAUCACUGAUGGCGUAUUUUUGGAAGAGAUUUUCAAAGAAUGCAUUCACCUUGAAAGCUUAAGGUUAAAGAAUCUUGGAUCACGACUUUUAUGUUGCUUCACGAAAAACCUGUGCGCUGCUCUUCCCAACGCAAGAAAACUGAACACAUUAAGCAUUUUUCAGCGCAACAUGGUACCAUUGGCAAAACUAUUGGACUCUAUUGAGCAAUGCCCUGCUCUCAUUCGUUUGGGAUUAGUUGUACCUUCGGAUGAGGCUCCUUUCAAAUGGACUUCAGAAGUCCUUACUCAUCGCAUGGUUACGCUUUGUGUAAAGCUACAGUAUCUAGUCGCUUUCUUUUGUGUCGUCAAUAUUCCCAAAUCUCACAAGGCUAAGGUGUUAAAACAGAUUUUGCAGGUCGUGACUCCAAAACGACCUAGUUUUUCAGUUGAUAUCCAAGCAUCUCAUCAAUUGAGUUUGGAAUAUGAAUCGAGUACGUUGCCUUUCCUCCACCGUGAAAUUUUAGUUCAUUGUAACAGCCGAGUUUGUGUGGUACCAUACGACUACAAGUCAUCCUUACUCUAACCAUUAUUUUUCUAAAUUUGAUGUGCUACUUAUCAAUGCUUUCCAAAUCCUAAUGUUACAUAUUCUUUCAUAGCUCUACUGUGAUAGAAUAUUCCUUAAAUUUAAAGUUGGAUGAAACGGCAAACUCAGUAGUCCAAUGCAAUGUAUUGUACGAAUGGAUGGAUUACAGUUGACUGAAUGGAUCUACCAAUAGAAUGGGGCCCUUUCUCUU